ACACAAAAGCGAAUGGAUUUGGAAUUAGGAUCCAGUGUAGGCGUUGACGUAGCAACCCUGGCUCUUAUUCCAAUAUUAUGGGUAAGAAUGCAGAGAUGGAACCAGAUCCAGUCUACGUACAAAAAAGGAGUGACGAUGAUGGGAGCAGUUCUUCUACUUGUUCAUGUGUUUCUAUGCAUACGAGAAUUUAGGAAAAGCGAGUUCUACAAGAAAAAUUAUCAACUAGGACUCAAGAUGAUGGAAAGAGCUGCAUUUCUCGGUUUUGCUGUGCUCUUUAUGUUUGUAGCGAGAGCAUGUGGGAGAAUACGGAAGAACAAAUCAGGUAUGCGACCGUACAUUACAUGUUAUGCGAGCUCCUUAGGUUCUUUGAUUAACACAUUCUUCAACUCGAUAAUCACUUUUGCCAUCAAAUCGAUCAACGCGAUUCUCAUUUUUAAUAUCGCUCUGGUUUAA